AUGGGCAGUAGCCAGAAAGGCCUGAAACCAGAGAAAGUCAAGAAUCUCCUUCAAACCGUGAAGGAUCUGACGAAAGACCUUGUGCUGUUGCCCGUGAACGAUUGGCAGCAUGAGCUGAGGGAGCUCCGCCAGGAGCUCUCCCAGGAGAUUCAGACUGUCAAAACCGCUCUCACCGAGCCACCAGCGAGGCAAAGCAUUAGGUCGUUUGCUGAAGCCGCAGCUAGGGCACCUUCACCAGCCCACCAGCUCUCACGAACAAGCUCUGCAUCCAGCUCCCCUGCGACCCCGGACAGUUCGCGUGACCGCGAGGUUGUGAUAUGCCUCAAUGACAGAUCUCAGGUGGCCGAGUAUCGCAGAAAGACCUCCGCGGAGAUUGUGACGCAGGCAAACCAGGCAGCUCGCCAGUUGAAAUCGGGUGAUAUCCGGCUCACCGUGCGAGAUGCGAAAGAGGCAGAGCUAAUGCGUGUCCAUCGGGAGAAAUGGGUGAAAGGCUUUGGCCGUACGGCGUUUGUUCAUCUGUCAACCUGGGGAGCGAUCGUGCACGGCAUGCAGGUCAAGUCACUGGUGGAUAAGCCCUCGGUGGAGGCAUUGCGGAACGACCAGGCGAAUCAGCUGGCUGCGGGUGCCGAGAGACGGGACCAAGCUGGCCUCGAUCAUCCUGGAAUUCACGACGCCGCAGUCAGCGAAUCUGGCAAUCCAACAUGGGGUCCUCUGGGAUUCAAACCUCUAUCAGGCCGUCCUGUAUGA